CAGAAUUUGUUGUCUGCUGAGCGUCUUGUUUGUCAUUCCCAAGCGGAAUCCGAUUUCACCGUCCAAUGUCCCGAGUCUUCACGCCAUUGCUUUGCUUUGCGAGCUUUAUUAUUGGUCUUUAGUGCUAUAGCGUCGGUAGAUGAGGUACUUGCAAUGACUGUCAUGUGGGAUUGCGCUCUGGGCAGGAGGUUUGCGGAUUUGGGUCUUUCCGCAUUUUGUUUCCUUCGAAGUCAUUCGGUGUCUCUGAAUGUCCUGUUAAAGUCGCACAGAUUAUUGUCAGCAGGUCGUCCUUGAUUCUUUUAUCUUGUGCAGGAGCACGGGUUGGGAACGGACGUGCCUUUAAAAGAUCCAGGUCGACCAGUUUCUUCAUUUGCAGCCCAACUUCGCUUCGAAAGUCUACUAGGUAUGGCGCCAUGUGCAACAUGCGCAGCGAAAUUAAGUAGGGCAUGUGGAUGAAACGACCCAUUCUGUCGUGUUCAACGCCCCGAAGUAGAUCCCUCUCUUCCAUUUUUAACAGCUCAGAGCUCGACAACAUUGGGUCCAUUUCGAAGGAUAUCUAUGACAAUCAGAAGGCUCAGCGGUGUGCACAUGGAGACAGUUUCAGUGAACUUGGAAACUUGUUUAAACAGCUGGGUAUGUGCAUGGUGAGGGUGGGGCUGCUGAUUGCUCGACUUUUUGAUGCUUAUCAGUCUCACGCGGGCCUGUGUGAAUCUAGCUUGGAGCAAGCUAUUCUCGAGUCAGGUACCGCAAAGGGUCGACUCAUCCAUUAUCACUCUCUUUUGGAGAAAGAUAUCCUUCGCUCUCUCCAGAACUCGAAGACGCAGAAACAAAAUAAGAAUGCUAGCAAAGCAAGAAUCUCAGAAGUCUGGAAUGCAGCUGCAGAUUCCGGGGUCUCAACUCUGUGGCAGCAGUGGCACUGCGACUAUGGCAUCUUCACUGUUCUAACUUCACCUCUCUUUCUUAAACCCACCCGGGAUGUUCCUUCAGAGCCAGAUGUCGCAACUAAAAGAUGGACUGAACCAGCUGUAAAUGGGGAUCACUGGAAGGUUGAUCAUAAAUUAUCAGAGGGUGAUUCCAAUCAGCUACAAUCAUGCGACAAUCGCAGUAUUCAAGAGGAGAAACCUCGUUCGUCAAGAUCACAACAGUUGUCUUCAUCCUCGCAGGAUUUGAAUUUUAGCAUGCAAGAAUGCGCACCCCCUGAUGGGUACUCAUCCCUACGAGUCAUGGAUGCCCACAGCCGAACCACAUCUGUAUCGAUACCUUCCGACUACCUGAUAGUUCAAGUAGGCGACGCCGCUCAGCUGCUCUCGGGGGGAGAACUCGUUGCAAGACCGCACUGUGUAAUGCGACCCACUUCGGACAGAGACGUAAGUCGGCAAACAAUGGCGGUAUUUUUGCAACCUGCUUGGGACAGAAGCUUGUCUAUUCCGCCCGGGACCGCUCAAGAACGAGCUCUAGAAGCUGGAGGAGUUGCCACAAAUCUAGAGACGCAUAUUCCCCUGUUGGCAUCACGAUGGAAGGAUGGUUGUACAUUUGCCGAAUUUUCUAAGGAAACUACGAGGCCGUAUUACGGUGCAGAUGGUCGCCAGUCGAGAAAAUAGAUGCUCUCUGUGAUGCCCUGUCCUUUCCACAUUCUUAUUCAUCUGUUCAUGAACGAUUGGGAGACAUCAUACUGAACUAAUUUGUCAUUUCUAUUCA